AAAGCGGAAAUGAAGGGCAGUGGGCCAAAAUACGCAGAAGAGCAGAUCCGAGCCAUCAGGAGCAGACGUGGCGGACGAGGAACAUUGUAACUCCCCCUUUCAGCCAUAUUUACGUUAAUUUAUUGAUGGGGGAUUACGGAGUUGCAGUGGCCACUAACAUCGGAGGAUUUUCGUCGCUAAAUUCAAAGAACAUUUUACAAAGUAAGUCCAUAUUUAACCCCGAUCCGCGUACAAUGCAAGAUGAAAACAUACACGAGAAAACCACAUCUCAGCAUCAGCAACUCACACAAGUCGUGGCAGAAAACGGAAAUGUACAUGGUUCGGAAAUCAGAAACAAAUCUGAUGCAAGUACUUUAUCAGAAGAGAAGAAAGCCGAUUUAUUGACUUCUGUGAGCUCUACACAGGCGCACGGUACCGUUAUGGAGACUAUUUCGUCAACAGCUGUUGUGUCAUCAGGGACUUCUGGCUCAAGUUUAUGGACAAACCAGCCUUCAGAGGAAACUGUGAUCACCCAUAUGGGGUUAAAUAUGACACAACAGCCUCCACCUCCCCAGAGAAGAGCUAUAACGGGGCAUCAUAACUUUCCAGCUCGUCAACAACAACCAGGAAUACUGAUCAACAAUAAUUCUAAAGGCUACCCAAACUGGAGCAAUGCUCCACAGUGGUCCCACUCCCAGGGCCAGGGCCAAACAUGGGGAAAUAUUCACUCCACACAACACCAGAGGCGGUCCGUGCCAAACUUCCCCUCCUCACUCAAUGCAGCAUCAUUUCAGAUGAAGAAGUCCCCUGUGUCGUACCAACAGCAGAUCACCAACACUGCCCCCCUCAUAGCUCCCUCCCGAUUCCGGAGGAGCACUUCAUUUCCCGGACAAAUGCACCAGGCAACAAUGCUAAAACCAGGUCUGGAGAUGGGCAGUGUGGACGAUUCACACAGAGAAUCUAUGCUAUCAUACCAGGACAGGAGUAACUCUUAUGACAGUAUGAGGUUUUCGAACUUUGAGAAUCAGCUCCUUGACAUCAUGAGAAAUUCAGGGGAUCAUGCAGACCCACUCAAAGGAAAGCCAACAUUUGGAUUUGGAGAGCUAGAUGAAGAGACGCUGGAUCCGAGUUUGUCUGUACUGGGGUGUGGACCGCGGGGGUCACCUGGGUCCCAGGGGGAGAGGAUCGAGCGCUUCUCUAGGAAGGUGUUUGUAGGGGGGCUGCCUCCUGACAUUGAUGAAGAGGAGAUUACUGCUGCAUUCAGGAGAUUUGGACCUCUGGUUGUAGACUGGCCCCACAAAGCAGAGAGUAAAUCUUACUUUCCUCCAAAAGGCUACUGUUUCCUGUUGUUUCAAGAUGAGAUGUCUGUUCAGGCCUUGAUAGAACACUGUAUUGUGGACGAUGAGAAGCUCUACUGGUGUGUCUCCAGCCCCACAAUGAAAGACAAACCAGUUCAGAUCAGACCCUGGAGCCUGAGUGAUUCCGAUUUUGUGAUGGACGGAUCACAGCCUCUGGAUCCACGGAAAACUAUCUUUGUAGGAGGAGUCCCCAGACCAUUACGAGCAGUGGAGCUAGCUAUGAUCAUGGAUCGUCUGUAUGGCGGUGUCUGUUAUGCAGGGAUAGACACUGAUCCUGAGCUAAAAUAUCCCAAGGGGGCGGGACGUGUGGCCUUCUCCAACCAGCAGAGUUAUAUAGCGGCCAUUAGUGCUAGAUUUGUACAGCUCCAGCAUGGGGAAAUAGACAAGAGGGUGGAGGUGAAGCCGUAUGUGUUGGAUGAUCAGAUGUGUGACGAGUGCCAGGGGUCGCGGUGUGGAGGGAAAUUUGCCCCGUUUUUCUGCGCCAAUGUGACCUGUCUGCAGUAUUACUGUGAGCAGUGCUGGGCUCAGAUUCACUCCCGCCCGGGACGCGAGUUCCACAAACCCCUGGUCAAGGAGGGAGCCGACCGACCCAGGGCAGUUCCGUUUCGCUGGUGUUAGAACAAAAGUCAACAAGCUUUUUCUUCAAAAGAAUUAAAACUUGUAGAUGUAUUUAGUCCAGAUUUAAUAUAUUAUUUAUUUAUUGAAUUUUUAUCUUGUUACUGUUUAUUUUUUUUUGUCAGUGCUGGAUGUGGCUAUUGGUUAAGGUAGCCACUAAAAACGUUCCCUUGCCAACUAUUUAUUAUAGAUUGUCUCUAGCCAGAGCAUUCCAUAGGAAAUCUAGCAGUCUAACAAUACCCCAAACUUUUUAUACAAGUUUUUCCCCUUUUUUUAUUCACAAGAGAAAAUGAUGACCAGUUAAAAAUAUUUUUCCACUAUUUAUAUCAUAAUUAAAGCAAUAUAUAUAUCACACAUGCAAUCUGUGUUCAUGAAUUUUGUAAUUUUUCCAUCAUGCACGUUGUGUAUUUAAUAAAGAAUAUGAAGUUUUUUAUAUAAUCGGUAGAUCACUAGGAGAAUAGAUUGUUUUUCUACUUUUGUGACAUUUUUAAGCUAGAGACAAUCCAGCUAUUUAUGGUUCUCUGUAUAGUGUGAUUCUAAUCUAGUCAAUGUCUUGUAUGUUUGUUCUGGUCAGUGUUGCUGUUAAUCAUUGUUAUUUAUAAACAAAAACUACAGAAACAUGUUGCAGGGAUUUGUGACAAAAAAAGAAAACUUUUCAGAAUUCAGCAUUUUGAUUUUUUUACCGUUUAUAUAACUGUUUUAUACUUUUAUUGCUGAUUAAGAGUUUCUAGUUAUUGCAUGCUGUUUUUUUUGUUUAAUUAGUUUGAUAUAUUUUUUUUUCAAUUAAAUAUUUGCUAUGUUGUAUGAAUUUUCUGUGAUUUACCAUAUUGAUGUCAUUUCUUGUUGCGGCCAGUGGAGAGUUUCCCUGGAUCUGUGGGAUUUUAUUGGGCUUAUUUUUUAUCCUAUCCCCCAUGAUUAUAGUCACAUACUGUACUGGCUUGUAUUCAUGUUUUACAGGAUAGUUUACUGCAUACCAUUUAAACCGGUACUAACUGUAUAUAGGACUACAAGAAAUACAUUUUAAAAAGGGCCUCAUGUACUCACAGAUAUGAAUUUUGCUCUCUUUUUUCACAUUUUUGAUUAUUUUUUCAGUCAGUAGCUUUUGGUUGUGGUUCCUCUAUGAUCUAGUUAUUCAUUUUUUGCUCAACAACAGUGUAUAGUAGAGAAAACUAGUUUGUUACACUUAUUUUUUUAUGAUCUUUUUUUUUAGUUAUUUGCCGUCAUAAUUCAUCUUAGCCAUCACCAAGUGUAAUCAUGUAGUCACUCCGAUUUUUAUUGUUUUAUAUAUUCCAGAUAUUUUUCACAUAUCACCCAGCUUCCGCUUUGUACAUUCUGCAAAAAUGAAAAAAAAAAUACAAAAAAGGCUUCUCAUCAUAUUUCCCUUUUAUGGAAAACUAUAUAUAUCUUUUUGUAUAAAUUGUACAUUCACAACUUCCAUUGUUUUUUCUUCUUUUUUAUAAUUGUAAAACUGUAUAAAAGAUUUGAACAAUAAGAGAAAUAACAUGCACUUUUUUCACAACGUAUUUUUUUAAUUUUCAGUAAGCCAAAUAAAUCUGUAAUAUAUUUUAUUAUCAACUUACAAAUUUUCACGUCAAUCAAACUCUGUGUUGUCUCAUGUCACAACAAUGCAAGCUGUUCGCCGACAUUUUGUACCAAUUCCUAGAGUUUUUUAUGACUUUUUGCUGUAGAUAACAUCACUUUUAGAAAUCAAUACUUUUAAGAUAUAUAAUUUGUUUGUGAGGUAGUACAAUGUAAUUUUAUUUUGUUUUUGUUUACAGGUGCUAGUUUUAAGAUAAGAAUGACUAAUGUUUGUUUUUCCUCUGUAAUAUUUUAAGUGUAUUUUGGUUAUUACAAUAUUAGUUCAGGAGAGGCACUUUUUUGUACAUGGUUUAAUUACAAGGACCUGCUGAUAAAAGGAGACAGAAUUAACUACAUGUAAAUGUCAAACAACUGUCCAUCAGAGAGGAAAUCAAAUUUUUCUGUUGGUAUAAACUUGGGUGCUGUUCGUUUGAUAGCCCUUGUAUUGUUAGUGGAGUUUUAUGACAGAAGCAACAUUAUUGUAUACGUAACAUGCAAAGUUU